UCGUUUUGAACUCUAAUUACCCUUUCGUAUUUUUUUUUCAAAUAUAAAUUUCCGUUCAUCAUACAUAACUCAUUCCAGAUCCUAUAAUCAAUACAAUAAUGAAGCAGUUCACCGGAAUUCUUUUUCUAUGCACCAUUUAUUUCUCCUCCAUCACCGGAAAUGCUGAUUCUACUUUGAUUUCUGAUCUGUGCAAACACUGUGAUGACCCAAAACUCUGUCUCUCUACCAUAGAGUCGCGUCCUGAGUCCGGCGAGUUCGCAGGCACCACCAACCAGAUCGAGAUUAUAGCUAUAUCCGUUGCCUCUGCCAACGCUUCUGCUACUUCUGCAUACAUCAAAGAAAAGCUAAGCCAAGAGGAUCUUGAACCUGCGACAGAGGCCACUUUUGAAGACUGCCAGAAGAACUACCAAGACGCUGUGGAACAGCUCGACGACUCCAUCUCCGCCAUGCUUGCCAACGCACACGCGGACGUUGACGUCUGGCUGCAUGCGGCGAUAAGUGCCAUAGAGUCAUGCGGUGACGAGUUGGAGUCACGCGGUGGAAAUGAUGAGGAACUUUCAAAAAGAAACGAGGUCUUUCUCAAGUUGUGCAAAAAUGCUUUGGUGAUAAACAAGAUGUUAACAUGAGAAUGUGAUUAAUACCCAAAACUAAAAUGUUAUUUAUUUU